GUCAACGAUGUGUGCAUUGACUCUGAAGAAGCAGAUCAUGUUGGAACUGACAAGCAGCAACAAGUACAGAGAGAACAAACAGGUCCAGCCAUCCAGCCGGCGAGCAAUGUGGAGGUCGUAACGUUUCAGGACCCCAGAAAGAAACCAAGGAUUAAAUGGAAGCCUUUCUCUGAGAAAAAGCCUGCUCCUCAGAAGAUAACGGAGGAGAAGGAGAGCGACCAGCCAGAAGAACUCAGUUUGGAAAAGGCCCGUCUUGAGGUCCAUCGGUUUGGAAUCACAGGAUAUAAGAAGGAGCAGCAGAGAGUGUUUGAGCAGGACCGAGCCGUCAUGCUGGGAGCCAGACCUCCUAAGAAGGAAUACACAAACUACAAGAUGCUGCAGCAGCAGAUCAAAGACAAGAAGCAGAAAGCAAGGGAGGAGGUUCAGCCGGAGCUGAAGAAAAAGAAGAAGACCAGUAAUCCGAGGGACAAGAAGAAGAGGGUGAGCUCUGGCUCUGGUUCUGGUUCUGGCCCCUCAGGUCAGGUGGGCCGCUUCAAGAACGGCAUGUUGAUCCUCAGCUCCAAGGAGAUCCAGAACGUCAAAGGCAACAAGAAGCGCAAAUAGGUGAGUGACUAAAUCCUCCAGGAUAGAGAAAACAGAAUGGAGCAGAGGAAGAACGGCCGCCAGUGACUCGGCUGACUCCAGGACUGUUUGGAUCAGCGCUAAAUCCAACCUGAGGCUGUUUCCAGAGGAGAAUAUCAGAAAGUGGACGGACAUGGAUCCGCUUUACCAGCCUCCAAAAUGGACCCUGAAUGUGCACAGUGGGAGGACGUCAGUGAACACAACUGAAUACUCUUGGGAAAUAAUUUUCCAUCACAGUUAAUUUAUUUUGUUUUUAUAAAUAACAACAAAAAAAGACAUUUCAGUUUCUCGUGUUUUACAUGGCAAAGGUUUUUAAAUGAUGUUACAAUGCAUUUCUCAUAUACAAACCAUGAAGUCGUACAAAACAUUUACAUUGGCAGGGCGAGGGAGAGGAGGGGAUCAUUACAGGACAGAUGGGGGGGGUCAUUGUUAAAAAAAAAAACAUGUGAUUCACACACAAGCAGACAUGUUCAUGAAGAAACACACAGAGAAAGUCUCUCAUUGUAAACCCUUAUUCACACGACUUCUUGACACCUGAAGAUUCUCCGUUCAUGGUGUAAACAUUUCAGAUCAUCACAGAAAACCAGAUCUUGUCACUUUAAAGGGAAAACACGAUGGUUUUCGAGCGAUAAAGAUGGCGAAACAAGAGGUGUGACCUGGCAGUGUGCGGCUGGGUGAGGUCACAAAUUCUCACACCGUUUUCUCGAAGCAGCUUUUGUAUAAUUUAUACAUAAAAAAAAAAAAAGAGUGUAAAGAAAUAUGAAGCUCAUCUGCAGCACAUUGUUUCAAGCUGUAAGCAAAUCUGUUUCACGUUGAGAUUCUGUAGCCAACCAUAGACAGUAAAUAUAUAUAUCAUCAGAAGCCGUUCAACUUUAAUACUGAACAAAUUGAAGAGGGCACUAUACAAAAUAAAAUAAAUAUAUUUACAUACUUUAUAGAGUAAAUACAGCUGGCAUUCUUUAAAGAGCUCAAAGCAGUGACAUGCUUGCCCCAGCAUUAUAUCUUGAAUUAAAUUAAAUCUCACAUUCAUGGGUGGGUAAGUGUGGGGUAAAGGGACAUGCCGUACAAGCACUCUCACAAUACCAUAUCUAGACAGGAGUGACUUUAAAUAAGUGUUCUGUUUGUAUCUGUCACAUUGGGUAUUGUUUUAAUAUAUUCAUUUAAUUGUAUUCAGAAAGAAAAAAGCAUAUUUUACCUGAUAGACAGUCUGACUUCCUGAAUCUCCACCUACACGCUUAGUAUUAGCUAUUAUUCCCUUCCUUCCUCUGCAUCCUUUUUGACAUCAUCACAGCCUGCAGACAUGUUCCCCAAAUCCUCUUUCAGACUUUCAGAAGAAUGAAAGAUUCACCUUUGGUUAUCAGAGAAAUGUCUCCCUUUGCUCGUGGGCCUAAAGUCUAUUCCUGGUUGCAGCAAAGUUUAGCUCGGGGCAGAGCAGCCUCACAUCAGGCCAAAGUCAGCGGCAUGUGGUAAGCUAGCGGUUUGGUGCACGUCAGGAAAUAAAUCCCCUUUGGCGGAGAGUUUGAGGUUCUGGGUCGGGAGAAACUGCUCCAAGUCCUGAUUUUGACAUGCUGCAUUCAAGUCACGUGGGAAAUAUGGUAACUGUAGGCGCCAGUUUCAGUUGGUAGACUAUAUAGAAUUCCAAUUCAUAAUCAAAUAAAAUGGUUUUCUUUUGGACUACAAUGCCUGGAUUUAUUGUUAGUAAUGAAAUGCUUAAUUAGAGCUAAGAAAAACGCGUUUCUUGGCCACUUGAGGGCAGCAGAAACAAGCGUUGAUAACACUAACAUCAUCUUUUAACCUGAUGAUCUUGUUAGAAAAUGGUUGCUUAUGCAAACAUCCAGCGGAUACAGAGCAAUGUUGACACUUCUUAGGUGUUGUGUUUUUAGCCAAUAGACACAUUUUGCCUAAAUAUUGUCUCUCUUUUAGCUAAUUUCUUUGGUUUUCGCUCAUGAGGGAGACAUCUGGUUCACAUGCUGACGAUGUAUGUAUUUAUGUUUAGCGCUGGACACAUGUACGUUGUUUUAUCUACUGUGGGAUAAUCGGAGUAAAUCAAAAACCGUUUAAAUCAAGAUCAAGAAAACCAAAAAAUUAGCUGAAAGACACUAAAACGCUCGGUUGACAGGGUGAUUAUUCUCUGUGGGUUCAUCACUUUAAGUGACCCCGUUUCACAUAUCACAUGUGGUACAUUGUCAUUAUAAGAGUAUAGAUUUGAGCCACUUUAAAAUUAUAUUUCCCACAUACUUUGAAUGCAGCAUCAAGCCAGGGCUCUGCAGACUUCCCUAACACACCUGCAGGUUGUAACAUUAAAGGUAACCAGUUUGAUACAUGAUAAAAUAAAUACAUAAUACCAUCUCCAUCUCCCAACAAAAAGCUUUCUAAAUAUUCUUCAGUAGUAGUUCUUACUUUUCGAAUACAAAAAUGAAAUAUAUUACCUUAUUCUACUCUAUUGUUCUACAAUUGAAUUGAUUCUUUGAAAAAAUAAGCUACAGUUUAACACAUUUUAUAAUGUCCCUGCUGUUGUAUUGAAAAAAGACCUCAUGAAUUCUAAUGAAAAAUACCUAUAUUAUUAUUAUUUCUGUUACCUGCCAUAUUUGAAGUUGGUGUUAAACUGAGAGUUAAAAAGAAUACAGGUUGGGUAAGUAAGAUGUAUUUGCUCCCUGUAAUCACAGAUAUUUGAUAUAAAAUCUUGUAAAAUGUAAAUGACCGCUAUUUUGUGUCCCUGAUUAGACUUUUGAAUAUCAUGAAAGCUGAUCAAACGAGUGAGAGUAAGAGAAUCUGACAACUCUCCAGAUAAAAUGUGUGCCACUGUUGUUUAAAAAGCCACAGAUUAAAGGUAUAAUACACAGUCAGCUGAGAUCAGACAGGAUUAGUUCAUUAAUCCUGUCGUUGCCACGGCCCACCAGCAGGGGGCGAGCUGUCGUAACAAUUGGCUUUCAAAUCACUCAUAGCAAAGACAGAAAUACAGACCACUAUUUACAAUACAGCCUCAGAUAUUUUUGUAAACUUGUUCAAUGCUUAAUCCAUGCUUUGUAUCACACGUCAUCAUCAGUAUUUACACUUCUUUGUUGAUUUCCAGUCUCUCAAAAAACCCACUUUCUGUAUGGCAGGUGUCUUCUCUCUCACUCACAACAUUAUAGGGGUUAUACAUAUUUCAGAUAGGUUAAAAAGAUUAAUUUAAACAUUUCCAUCCUCCACUGCAAUUAAUUAUAUAUACAUGGGUAAUGUAAAACAAACAUAUUUUAACCGUAGUCACAGUGGUUUGGUUGAAUGUUGAAGCUACUCCUCAGGUGAGAAGUGCAGCAGCAGCUUCACCUGAUGUGACUUUUUGAGCACGACACAUCUCAGAUGCGUGAAAGCGAUUCUACAGAGAGACUGAGAGAUGAGGGAAAUUACCAUGAGACAACCGCACUCUCCUCAUCCACCUUUUGACAUAUUAUAGUAGCUGUUGGUCUUAUGAAACAAAACAAAAAAGAGAGAGAGACUCGGCUCAGUUAUUUUGUUGGAAUCCAUCCCUCGAGGUGGAAACAUUUCCUCGAAGACGAGGUGAAUCCAGAGCUGGGAGAGGCUGCAGGGAAAGCAUCAAGGAAGGAAAUGAAUCAUCCCUUUUCACCUCACUUUGGUUCAUUCAACUCGAAGAGGUACACAACUUUGUAGUUUUCGCAACCAAAUGAACUAAAAGAAAAACACGCAUAUUUGACAAUUUGAUCUCAAUGACAUGCCGUUUAGUCAUUCUGCUGUUCAGACAUUUGAAAAUAACUUCAUUUUUUAUUUAAACGUGAAGAUCUCAACGUUUAUGUUCAAUUUAAAUCCAGCCAUUAAAACAUGGAGUCUUCGGAUCGAUGAACUCAUCAGUCCAAACCCUAUAUAGAUGUUAAAGGGGCGAGAGAAACUCCCUCUGGGGGUAACUUAGGGAUUUUAGCCUUUGCAGACCAUUUACAUGCACUAAAACCUAUAUACCGUUAAAAAAAAAAAAAGUAUAAAAUAGCCCCUUUAAAAUUCCUCCAUUCUUAAAAAAGAAAGAUGACAAGCCACCUUCAAAUUGCACAACAAAUCAUCACGACUGACAAAAAAAAGCACAAAAACAAAUGUAAUAUCUUUAAAGUUGCUAAAUAAGAGCUGUUUCCCCUGCAGGGUUUCCCAUGCCCUGCAGAUCUGUCUCUGAAAAAUGAAAUGGAGUCGAGCCCAAUCCUUCCCAGCGCUUAACCUCGGUGUGUAAACCUUUCUGACAAACGACACCAAACAACCUUUGAAUACGAUAAAGAAGGGGGAAAACCAGAACAGGCAGCGGAGCCACAAGUGGGACGAAAGAGAAGCUUUUAAAUAUUCCAUGAGUGAAAGAACGAGAUCGCGGGUACAAGCGGCCGAGAUGGGUUUUCUCCGCAGGGU